ACUUUGGACAUUUGUUGAAUCAGAACGAAGGUAAUUUCGUGGAAAAUUUGGUACAUUCUGGAAGGAAUGAGCGAAAUUUGAACAAAAAAUUGGUCGCAGUUGGAUUUUGCACAAUUUUGACUGAAUUGACAAUGUGGGAACGUGUAUUAGAAAUAGCGUUAUUGAUUGUGUUUACAGCACAUCAAAUUAACACUUUUGUAUUCAUAGAUUUGAGAGCGUCACAUUCUUCGCAAUCAUUUGUUCGCAAGAUUGAGUUAGACUUCGAAGCUUUUGACGAGCAAAGCAAUGCAAAUGACCAUCAACCUAUGAUUGCUGUAGGCUACCACUAUGGAGAGUCGAUUAAGCCAAUCGAAAAUACCCAAAAUGAGGAAUAUAAAAUAUUUCAAGUGCUUCCUAAGAAAUCAAUUACUGUGUGCUGCGUGAUGAGCACCAAUUCAUUAUCGGAAUUUGAAGUAAACUGGUUCAAAAGGGAGAAACAAAUUGAAUUCGAAACCGAUUCAAGAUAUCAUAAAAUAAAUAACACUUGUUUUAGCAUUUUGGGCACAAAUUUUGAAAUGCAUUCGGAUGAAUAUCAUUGUGAAACGGAACCAGAGAAAAAGAAGGCGCCGUUUGUGUUGUAUGUGAAAAAUAUUCCACAAGAGCCCGAAAUCACUCCGGUAAUCUGCGCAGAACGAGAAGCCGUAAUUAGAUGGAAGUAUCAGCCUGCUGUGAAUAUUACAGUCGGUCGGUUUCACUUUCCUUACGAUAUUUAUUACACCGUUGAAUAUAAGAUUCAUGAGUACAACGAAAGUAAUGAAAACCAUGAGAACCAUGAGGAACAUCAUACAAGUUCAAACGAUAAGGAAAAUGCUAUAGUUUUGAACAAUCAUCGAAGCGCUUCAAAUGCUAGCAAAGAUGCUAACGAUUGGGAUGUAUAUGAGACCGGAAUCAGUAGUACACUAUUUGAUCCAGAACGGCCCCCAUUUUGUAAGGUAUCGAUGAAACCAUGGUCGACGUAUUCAUUUCGAAUAAUUGCUUACAAUGAUAUGGGUGCUUCAAAGCCAAGUGAAUUUGGUGAAACGUGCACAUCAGCUGCAGAUGUUCCGUAUGAUUAUCCAGACGGUGCUAUGGUCAAUGGAACAACACCAAAAAAUCUGUUCAUUUCAUGGCAUCCAAUGCCACUUAGUGAACAUAACGGACCUGGAUUUUACUAUCGCGUAAACUGGAAAAGGAACAUUCCAGAUGCAGAAUGGGCCACCGUAAAUGUUACCGAUUGGAAGCAAGAUCAUUUUAUUGUUGAGGAGCAACCAACGUUCAUUGAAUUUACUAUCAAAGUAGAAGCAGCGAACGGAAAAGGACUUUCGAAUCGAACAUCGCCAGAAAUACAUGGUUAUUCGGGAGAAGGUGAACCAACAGAAGCACCGACCAAAUUUACUCUCAUUGAAACCGGCAAAUCAACUGUUAUUCUGCGCUGGACUCCGGUGUCACUUAAUAGCAUACAAGGUCAUAACAAUGGGUAUAGAAUUCACCUUUGGAAUGAUGUUGAUGGCGAAAAUAAAAAACAAGAAAUAUCGCUGCCUCAUUGGAAUACAUCAGAAGCAGAGGUUGAAUUACGUCCCGAAUCAACGAAUUAUGCAUACAUUUUUAUUUGCAACAGUCAAUAUCCAGGGCCCAAGAGCGAUAUUAUCGAAUUUAAAAUGCCAACACGCGUUUCAUGCCCAAUUCAAUCGUUCGACGCAUUUCCGUUGGGUUCGAAAGCAUUUUUAUUAAAAUGGACAACGUCAUUCAGCAAUGUUACCGGGUUUAAAAUUGCACAUGAAGAAAUCGAUGGAAAUGGAUUGACUUAUAAAAACUUACCGAAAAUUGAUAAUCCAAAAUUGAAUCAAAUCAAAGUAACUGGCCUCAACGUUAAAACAAAAUAUCGAUUACACUUGCUUUGUACCACCGGGAUGGGUGAAGGUGAAAGAUAUUCGACCGAAGCGGAAACAAAAUCGGAUGAUCCAAUCAAACCAGAUCCACCAUCAUUUCGAUGGGAAAUAUUGAGUUCAACCGAAAAUAGUGAUGAUGUAAGAAUCAAAGUGAUUUGGAUGCCGAAUGUCGAGGGAAACGCAGGUUCAAAUUUCUUUGUAAAAUACCACAUAAAAGGUGACGGAAAGUGGAACAAAACGGAUGUGAUAAAAAGUGAAGAUUUUGUCAUUAUACCCCAAUUGCCGGUGAAUGAAGUCUAUGAAUUUCGUGUUGUAUCAGUCGAUGGUGGUUACAAAACCGAAAGUCAAACGAUUGAAAUCUCAACAAGAAUUUCUGAAUUGCCAUCAAGUUCAUCGACUAUUUAUGUGGUACCGCUAAUGAUGUUUAUAGUGAUUGUGGUUAUUGGUAUUGCUUUAUUCUCGCUGCGAAAACAUCGAAUAAUGAAUGAUAAGAAUGAAACCAACCAUACAAGCAUGUUACCAAGUGUACCACCGACUCCAAUUGUAAGCUUAUUGAAAAAUUUCGAAAAAGGCGAUCCGAGCACUUUCAAUCCAAAAUUGUCGCUCGAUGAACAAGCCGAGCUGUUACCUUAUGACAGAAAAUACGAAUUUUCACGUGGAAAACUGAAAUUUGGUAGACGACUUGGUGCCGGUUCAUUUGGAGUCGUGGUUGAGGCAGUUGCACAAGAAAUUGUACCGAAUGAAAAUGAAACAACGGUUGCCAUUAAAACGAUUCAAAAAUCCGCUGAUUUCGAAACAUUACGAGCAUUGACCAUGGAAUUGAAGGUAUUGAUUCAUUUGGGAAAGCACUUGAAUGUAAUCAAUUUACUCGGUGCGGUUACGACGACCAUUAGUAAAAAUGAGCUCGUGAUGAUUGUUGAGUACUGUCCGCAUGGCAAUUUACGUAACUUCUUGACAACACAUCGCGCGAAUUUCAUCAAUCAAAUCCGUAAUGACACAUUUGUUUUGGGGCAAUAUGAUGGUGAUGACAGCAUCCAAAGCCCACCUUUGGACCGACCCGUUACCACAAGCGAUUUGCUUAGUUGGUCAUUCCAAACGGCGAACGGAAUGCAGUAUUUGGCCUCAAAGAAUGUUCGCCAUGGUGAUUUGGCAGCUCGAAAUAUUAUGUUGUGUGAUGGGAAUGUGGUGAAGAUUCGUGGAUUGGCUCGAACAAGGUACACAACUGGAUUCUAUCAGGCUAAAACUCAGCGUCCAUUACCGUACAAAUGGCUGGCUUUAGAGUCAAUCAGUGAUCUAAAGUUUACAACAUAUUCUGACGUUUGGAGUUUUGGAGUGGUGAUGUGGGAAUUGUUUUCACUCGGUGCAUCGCCAUAUUCCGAUAUGACAGUUGGUGUUCAUUUGUAUAACAAAAUAAAAGAAGGCUUCCGCCUGGAAAAACCGCAAUUCGCAACAGAGGAACUUUACGAUAUUAUGCUAUCAUGUUGGCGAGUGAAACCUGAAUCACGUCCAUUAUUUGACGCAUUGGCAGACAGAUUUUCCAAGAUGUUAGGCUCAAAUGUGACGGAUCGUUUUAUCAAACUGAAUGAACCAAAUUUAAAAGCCAAUGAACAUCGUUUCAAAUCGAACUUUGCAACUUUAUCGGGCUCGACGGUUCAGAAACCACCAUUGCGACCAGAAAACUCGUCAACAAAUGUUUUUCAUUUUCCUUAACGAAAAAGUCUUUUUAGGGUGUAAACAAUGUAAUUGUGUUUUAAUGUAAGAUGAAGAGUUUAUAGAUCAAAUGAAUUCCAUAAAAAUAACGCAAGUAUUUUUCAGUCAACUUUCGAAUAAUCGUUUCAUUGUUUUUAAAUAAAAACGACCAGAUUUUGCUGUGCUUGAUGACAA